ACAAGAACUUGUGCGCGCCAUGUCCAUAGUGACUCCAUUCAUGACAGACCAAAGGUGGGGACCACCCAGAUGGCCAUCCACAGAUGCGUGGAGAAGCAAAAUGCAGUCUGUUUACACAAUGGACUAGGGUUCAGCCACAAAAAGGAGCAAAGUACUGAUACGUGCUAUGACGUGGAUGAACGUUUUUAGAUUGUUGCUGAAGGAAAGAAGCCAGACACAAAAGGCCACAAACUGCAGCCCCAGCUCAGAUGUCUUCCCCAUUACUGCCACUGCCACCAUUGAGCCUUCAAGGCCACCACAACUCAUGCAAUCACCACGGACAGUCAGGAUGAGGCCAGCAGAAACCAGACAUGGCAACGAGGAGGAACAGCCAAACUCCCAGGCAGUUUAGGAGGUAAGACAGGGUUGGUCAAUAAGGGUGGAGUUCAGGUCAAUCACUGGUAUUAGAAUGAGAGAAGUCGGAUGGCAAGUGGGGCAUCUGUCUGAGUUGGACCUGUGAACGCAAGUCAGUCGGUGCUGACCAGGAUGGGCUUUCCAGGAAAUGGUUGUUGAAUGACUGCAUGAUAGAAUAAACCAAGAACUUGCAGGGUAAGUGCUGGGCACAUAACAGAGCAUAAAGAUGGGUUCUGGGCAUGUUAGAGAGGAGCCUCCAGGGGCCUUGGUGGGUGGUGAGGUGUGGGGUCGAGGGAGGGAUGAGGACAGAGUGACUCGAGGUGUGUAGUUGGGCCCUGCUGCCCUUUACCAAGAUGGGGAGCCCUGGAGGGGGGCAGGUUGGGAGAGAAAUGAUGAGAUGGGUUCGGAUGUUGAGGUGCUUCUGGGAUGGCUCGAAGAAGGUUCUGGGGGAGUUGCAGAAGCCAAAAGCAGUGGGUAGGAGCGAAUGGGAGGGGAGCCAGGAGGGGAAGACAGAGGGGGUUUCAGGGCUCAUGGGAGGAGCUGGGGAAGAAGGCGCAGUUGGAGAGAGGGAUGAGGGAGGGCAUAACAAGUGCUCCAUGCCCAAGGAGGAGGGGGGAGCUGGGAUCCAGACCCCAGGCUGGGCCUUGUCAGGAGGAGGGAAAUGUGGGUUUCAGAAGACAGAAAGGCAGGCUAUGGGUGGGAUGUUGAACGUGAAGUUGUGCGGCAAGCACUUGAGGCAUUGCCAUCUUAGACUUCUGCUUUGGGAGCGAGGAGGCAGGUCAGCUGCUCGGAGGGGCUGGGAAAGGUGGCGGCCAGAGGGCACUGGAGACGCUUUGAAAGAGUUGCAGUGCAGCGCGGAGAGAGGACCAGUGGGGAGCCGUGGAAAGGGCCUAUUUGGGGUAAGAGGCCGGGAUCUCCAUGGGGGCUUGCUGCUCUCCAGCUGGAAGGGGCAGCCCAAGGCACAGAGGUCAGGAGGGCAGCCGGCUCAUCAGCCCCGCGGGUGCCAGGUGGGGGCAAUGGGCAGCCGGGCAGGGACUGGGGAGGGUGUGAAGGCCCGAGGGUCUCGGGGCGAGAGGAGGAGGUGGAGGCUGGGCAAGUGGAGGUCUAGGCGAGCAGGACAAUGGGACAGGAGGCAGGAACGAGGGCGCGAGAAUCAAGAGCAUAGAGGCACAUGGCCAGUGAAGCAGGUGUUUAAUCUAAACUUGGAGAAGUGCGUGCGUUUAAGGAAGGACAAGCUCCAGGCUGUGGCUAUGGGAGGGACUGACCGAGGUGGAGCUGGGGAGGCCUUUGGGUUUGAGAAGGUUAGUGAACAGGGCAGAGGUGGACCUUCCCCACACAGGAGGAGAGAUGGGCUUCCAGCAGGUGGAGAGGAGGGUUAAGGACACAGCAGAGGACGCAGGGAGACUGGGGAGGGAGAGAGGGAAGAGAAGCACAGAGAGGAAAAAGCAGGGAAAAGCUGGAUGGCCGCGUGGACGCAGCUCGAAUGGUGAAGACUGGAUACAAGACUUACAGAACAACCUCUUCUGGGGGUCCCUGCUGUAUGGGGGAAGCAGGCCUCUCAGGAGGGGUCAGCCACAGCUGGAGUUGUGUUUCUGAGGAACUCAGCCCCUCUUCUCUGGCCCCAUGGACACUCUUUUCAUUCAGGCCCUCAGUAUCUUUUGCUCUGACCCCCCAAACAGCCAAUGUAUCUACCUCCUGACCCCACAGACUUCUCUUUCUAGGCCCAUCUAUUACCAAGAGCAACCUUGGCCCUGUAGUCUCCCUCAGAACG